AUGUUUUGGGAUACUCUUAAAGAAUUAAUUGAUCGGGAUCAUCAACUCCGAUUAGAGGCUGCCAAAAGAAAAGAAAAUGGAGUGGUAGUUAUUUCUGAUGAUGAAGAAGAGGAUGACCACAGGUUUAGACAUCUUGAUGAUGGUGAUGAUUACGGAAAUGUAUUAAUUGAAUAUUUAAAUGUUCAGGAGAAUCAAUCAAUAAUAUACGAUACUUUCAUUUCCAUGUUGUGCAGGAAAGUGGUGGAUGAAGAUACGACGAUGAAUUUUAAGCAAUGUUUUACUAUUCCAUUUAUAUUUACUCUCAACUUCAAAUAUCAAGAAAUAUUAAUUUAUACCAUUAUUAAGUUACACCACAAAUUCAAGCGGAAACAUAUUUCGGAUCUGGUAAAUGCAUUUGUUAUUUACAGCAAGAAUGAGAAGAGCCCACAUACUCAUCUGGUGAUUUUAAAACAACUAUUUAGAAAAUUAUGUCGCAAAUUGAAUGAUAGUUCUUUAUUAGAACUUGUUGAAAGUAGUGUUGCUGUAUUGCCAAAUCAUCCCAAGCUCGCUAUUGCGGCUACUAAUUCUUUGAGAGAUUGUGUAACGAGCCUAUACCAGACCAAAACAGUUUUCAAACGAAAGUCUAUCUCACAACAAGGUUUAUCACAUACCACUAUCACUAUUGAUAGUGAUAACAAAAAACGAGAUCUAGAUGAAUUUGUACAUAUAGAAGAAAACAAGGAGGAUGAGCAUGACACUAUUACAAACGAAAAUACUCUAAAAAAACCUAAAACAAACAAUGCAGAAAUUACACCCACAUCUGAUGAGCCCAAAGUACUGUCUAACGACACUCCAAAGGAGUUGACAUCAGACCAGAAAAAAGAGAUAUCAAAAUUCAAAAAGAUAUUAGAACGCGCUACCAACCCGAAAAACAUUGCGAUAGACUUGUUAAUUUCAAUCAUCAACUCAGCAGGAUCCAUUGAGCAAUUAAUUCAGAUUUUCAAGGAGCUUAAUGUAGAAAAGCUGAACGACUCAAAUCUGUUACAUAUUACUCAAAGUUUAAUUACCAAGACUGGGCUAGUUACCUCUACCAAGUAUCUAAACCAUACUAUUCAAUGUGACAUUUUCGUACAAAAGUUUUUUCAGCCUAGAGUGUUCUCAAUGAAACAAAAAGCAUCAAGACAUUUGUUUUCAUGUUUGCAACAUGUGUGUGGGAAUUCAGACUUUACAAAAAUUGUUAUUGACAGAAUUAUUCUAGGGCUAUCCACAUUACAGAGUGAAGAAAGAUCGAUACAAUUAUCUGUAGACCAAGUUGAGCUUAUCACUAGAAUGAUGGACAAAAUUCUUGAAGUAGAUGACAAGAUAUAUUUAUUGAGACAAGUGCUUGAAAACACAGAAAACAAACGAGUGGUGUGGAAUGAAGAAGUAACUAUCAACAUUCUUAACAGAAUUUUAGAAACUAAAAACAUUGCGUCCAAGUUAGAACCAAGCAUUUUAGAUUUACUAUUACGCCAACUUGAAGAAAUAGCUAAACUCUUUUCAAAGUCACUUAAAUUCUCCUUGUUGAUUGGAACCUUCAUUAACAUCAUCAGCACCUCGAGCGGGUUGUCACUUUUACAGUCAUAUUAUCCCUCUCUUAAAGAUAUAAUCAACCAGCUUGAAAACAAGAUGAAGGAUACCCUAGAAAAGAAGCUAGAAUCUGCUCGGACUCAAUGA